UCCGAAGCCACUGAAGCCUGCUUUGAAGCCGACAAUAUGUUGAUGCUGGACGGGAACGUUUGGAAGCGAGGUCGGCUCCACCUAAUGCUGGUGGCAUUAUGUGGUCUCAUGGCUCACUGCCAAUCUCAAAGCAUAGGCUAUUCAAAGCAGCGGACCCUCUUUUUGGUUGGCAAGACCGGCUCCGGAAAGAGUUCAUCGGGAAACACCAUCUUGGGGAACUCGUUAUUUAGAGAAGACGCCUCAGCUGAGUCGGUGACGAAAAGUUGUGAGAGACGACAGCUGCUGAUUGGAGACAGGAAAAUCGUGGUGAUCGACUCCCCUGGAGUAUUUGAUACGGUUAAAACACAGAGUGAACUCAAAGAAAACAUUGAGCAGUGUGUCAGACGGUCCGUUCCUGGACCCCACGCUUUUCUGUUAGUGAUCAACUUAAAGUCAAGAUUCACUGCAGAGGAACAGGACACGGUGAAGUGGAUCCAGGAUAACUUUGGCUCUGCUGCUGCUGAUUACACCAUGGUCCUGUUCACUCAUGCCGAUUUGCUGAGAGGUAAAUCUGUUGAGGACUAUGUGGCAGAAAGCAAACCGCUACAAAGUCUGAUACACCAGUGUGGAGGAAGGUACCACUCGUUCAUCAAUGGCCAGAAUUCAAACAGAAAACAGGUCACAGAACUUCUAGAUAAAAUAGAUCAAAUGGUUAAAUUAAAUGGCGAACGUCAUUACACCAAUGAUAUGUACUCUAACGCCCAGAGGGAACUUGAGGAAAGAGAUAAGAAUGAGAAAGGAAACAAAAUAUCUUUUUGUAAAAUUUUUAAAUUUGUUUUCACAGCAGGGAUUAUGACUCAGUAUUACUACGUUGCAGGAGCAGGACUUGCACUUGGUUUAUUUGCUGAUGACUGUGAUCCCCUAAACUUUAUUUAAAGGAAUAGCAAAAUGAACCAACACGUCCAACCAAUGAGAGGACUAACAAUGAAUGAGCUGUUCAGUCAGGAAGCUGCUAGAAGCUGUCUAAUGUACAUAACUUAAACCUUGGGCAUAUAUUGUCAAUCUCUCCUCACAAUUUCAGAUCAGUGUUUUGGUUUUCUCAUUAUUCAUUGUUUUUUUACUAUUAUCCCGACACAGCUCAUGCACAUUUAUGUUUCUUUCUGGUGACUUAUUUACCUCAAAUUAAAACAAGUUUACCAGCAGCCUUAACAAGUUUGGCACAUCUCUGACACAAGUAUUGAACAGCUUUUUACACUUUUAGACACAUUUCUUUAUUUGUUAAUUAUCUAGUUGUAAUCUUUUGCCACUACCCCUGUGAGUAAGGGCUAAAGAUGUAACACGGCUUGUGUGAAAUUAAAAAUGAUAUUCAAAUAGAAGGGUUUAAAUCUGAACAAGAACUAAUUGACAUAAAGUGAGGAGAGUUUCGGUUUAGUUAAGAUUCCCAAAUCUCAAAAAUCAAAACACAAAGUGUAACCUAGAAACAAUGGCAACUACUCCAUAUAACUUCGGUUCAGCAUUUAAAGUUCAUUUGAAUGAGUGGAAACAAACAUGUGUUUGGGUUAAUAAAGUGGAUUUAUUUUUAACUUUCUGUCCAAAAAGAUUUACUAUCAUAACAUGACCUAAACAUGUGUCAGGAAAAUUGGCUAUUGGUCUGAAAUGUUUCUAUUUUUGAUUUAUUUUAUUUUUUACUUUUUUUUAUUUGAAGCUUUGUUUCUCUUUGGUUUAUACGGUUGUUCUGAAAGUGGAUUAUGAGGAUGGCUGCUUUGUUUUAAAGAUUUGUAAUGAUUUGCUUAUUCUUGCUGUAUUUUGAUUCAUUCAAAUCCUUCUUACUUUAAUAAAUGCAUUUUUGAAUUUGCUUCUCGUUUAGUUUAUUAUGCAGUUACAUGUUUUUUAUUUGGU